AUUUGGAUACACAAGCAUCUAUUUUUUGCUGUUUGUUUGUCUCGUUGAUAACCUCAGUUUGUAACCUAAAGGUUGCACGCCAGACGUUGCAUCACUCUUUACCUCGCACAGUGUUGCAGUUGCGUGUCACUAGGUCUUGGCCCAUUUCAUUAUCAGUGGAGACUAACUCCACCCCUCAUCUCGCUCUUUUUCCACCAAAUUCUGGUUCCAGGCGGACGUGAUUUUGACUUGUGAAGAUCACAAAAUGACGGAUAAAACUGGAAAAACCGUGCUUCAGCGCUACAUGGGGAUCCCCCAGCCCGAGGACAGGGUCAUGUGUGAGUACCUGUGGGUGGACGGAUCAGGGGAGGGAAUCAGGUCCAAGUGCAGGACAUUGGACUUUGAACCUAAACACCCAAAAGAAUGCCCUGUCUGGAACUAUGACGGCUCCAGCACGUACCAGGCUGAGGGGUCUAACUCUGACAUGUACCUCCACCCCGUGGCACUGUACAGCGACCCCUUCCGGAUGGGCAAAAACAAGCUGGUGAUGUGUGAGGUCUUCAAGUAUAACGGCAAACCCGCAGAAUCCAACAACCGUAAGUCUUGCAAUGAAGUAUGUGAGAAGGCUGCGGAAGAAAUUCCAUGGUUUGGAAUAGAGCAGGAAUAUACCAUGUUGGAUGUGGAUAAACACCCACUAGGAUGGCCCAAGAACGGCUUCCCAGGACCCCAAGGACCCUACUACUGCGGAGUGGGGGCCAACAAGGUAUAUGGGAGGGAUAUAGUUGAGGCUCACUACAGGGCAUGUCUGUACGCCGGAAUCAAAAUCGCGGGCUGUAACGCCGAGGUCAUGCCUGCACAGUGGGAGUUCCAGGUGGGCCCCUGUGAGGGUAUCUCCGUGGGUGACGACCUCUGGGUGGCCAGGUACAUUCUGCACAGAGUCGCCGAAGAUUUCGGUGUCAUAGUAACCUUCGACCCUAAGCCAAUGCCAGGUGAUUGGAAUGGCGCAGGCGCACAUACAAAUUACAGCACUGUCAAAAUGAGAGACGACGGAGGAAUCAAACACAUAGAAGAUGCCAUUGAAAAACUUUCCAAGUGCCAUGAUAAACACAUUAAAGCAUACGACCCCAAAGAAGGAGAGGACAACAAACGGAGGUUGACGGGACUUCACGAGACUUCAACCAUUAAUGACUUUUCUGCUGGAGUAGCCAAUCGUGGCGCCAGCAUCCGCAUUCCCCGCCAGGUGGCGCAAGACGGCUUCGGGUAUUUGGAGGAUCGGCGCCCCUCGUCUAACUGUGAUCCCUAUUCUGUGGUAGAAGUUCUCAUAAGGACUACCUGUCUGGAUGAAUGCUAAGUGUGCGUGUGUCUGUUCGAUUGGAUGUCUGUCUGUCCGUACUUACAGUAACGGCACUCUACAAAUGCCACUGGAACAAGUUUUUAAAUUUUAAUGAUCAGAACAUGUGCAAUAUUCAAUAUGUCUGAUUUUAAUUGUUAUUUUUAUUACAAGAUAUUAACCAUGUUUUAAAGUAUUAAAAUUUCUUACUAAAUUUUA